CCCGUUUCCUCUGACCCCCGGCCCGGCGGCGCCCGCCUCCUGCGCGGCCACUCCGCCUCUUUCCUCCCGCCAUCCCAUCCUCCUCUCCCUUCUUCCUUCCUCCUUCCCCUCUUCGCCGUCGCCUCCGCCGCCGCCCAGGACCGCCGGCCGGGGGACGAGCUCGGGGCAGCAGCCAGGAGUUUCCCAACCACGUAACCUCUCAGAACUGAACCAAAACGACAUUGUUGCUGGAGCACCUGUUUUUAAGAAAGCAUAACCCCUACUGUAGAGCUAAAUGCACUGUGCAUGAAACUUGGCAAAAAACCAAUGUAUAAGCCUGUCGACCCUCACUCUCGGAUGCAGUCCACCUAUAACUACAACAUGAGAGGAGGUGCUUAUCCCCCAAGGUACUUUUACCCAUUUCCAGUACCACCUUUACUUUAUCAAGUUGAACUUUCUGUGGGGGGACAGCAAUUUAAUGGGAAAGGAAAGACGAGACAGGCUGCGAAACACGAUGCUGCUGCAAAAGCUUUGAGGAUCCUGCAGAACGAACCGCCACCUAAGAGGCUGGAGGUGAAUGGAAGAGAAUCAGAAGAAGAAAAUCUCAAUAAAUCUGAAAUAAGUCAAGUGUUUGAGAUUGCACUUAAACGGAACUUGCCUGUGAAUUUUGAGGUUGCCCGGGAGAGUGGCCCACCCCACAUGAAGAGCUUUGUGACCAGGGUCUCGGUUGGGGAGUUUGUGGGGGAAGGUGAAGGGAAGAGCAAGAUUUCAAAGAAAAACGCUGCUAUAGCUGUUCUUGAGGAGCUGAAGAAGUUACCACCCUUGCCUGCAGUUGAGCGAGUGAAGCCCAGAAUCAAAAAGAAAACAAAAUCCAUAGUCAGGCUGCAGAGCAGCCCGGAAUACGGCCAGGGGAUGAACCCGAUUAGCAGAUUGGCCCAGAUCCAGCAGGCAAAAAAAGAGAAGGAGCCAGAGUACCUGCUCCUCACUGAGCGAGGCCUCCUGCGCCGCAGGGAGUUUGUGAUGCAGGUGAAGGUGGGAAACCACACCGCAGAAGGAUCAGGCACCAAUAAGGUGGCCAAACGCAAUGCAGCUGAGAACAUGCUGGAAAUCCUUGGUUUCAAAGUCCCGCAGGCUCAGCCCACCAAACCAGCCCUCAAAUCAGAGGAGAAGACACCCAUAAAGAAACCAGGGGAUGGAAGAAAAGUAACCUUUUUUGAACCUGGCUCUGGGGAUGAAAAUGGGACUAGCAAUAAAGAGGAUGAGUUUAGGAUGCCUUAACUUAGUCAUCAGCAGCUGCCUGCUGGAAUUCUUCCCAUGGUGCCCGAGGUUGCCCAGGCUGUAGGAGUCAGUCAAGGACAUCACACCAAAGAUUUCACCAGGGUAGCUCUGAAUCCUGCCAAGGCUACGGUAACUGCCAUGAUAGCCCGUGAAUUGUUGUAUGGGGGCACCUCGCCUACAGCCGAGACCAUUUUAAAUAACAUCUCUUCAGGCCACGUACCCCAUGGACCUCUCACAAGACCCUCUGAGCAGCUGGACUAUCUUUCUAGAGUCCAGGGAUUCCAGGUUGAAUACAAAGACUUCCCCAAAAACAACAAGAACGAAUUUGUAUCUCUUAUCAACUGCUCCUCUCAGCCGCCCCUGAUCAGCCACGGUAUUGGAAAGGAUGUGGAGUCCUGCCACGAUAUGGCUGCGCUGAACAUUUUAAAGUUGCUGUCUGAGUUGGACCAACAAAAUACAGAGAUGUCAAGAACAGGAAAUGGACCAAUGUCUGUGUGUGGGAGGUGCUGAACCUUAACUGGCCAGGAACCAUUGAAAAAUCCCAACAUAUAUACUUAAAAUACUGAAACUGCUUUGAAAAUUUGGAACUUCUGAUACCUCCAGUGGGCCGAGAGACACCAUGGGUAAAGGAUUGGAGACAGCAGUGGUGAAGGCAGGGCCCGGAGAAGGCCGUGUGGCUGCUUGCAAGUGCUGUGGUUUCUCUCCACACAGCAGCAGCUGCUGUGGGGCAAGGUGGGCCUGCCAAGCACCCGUGGCUUCACUGGGAAACCAGCAGGUCCGUGCCCCAGGCACCCUAGUGCUUGAUUUUGGUGGGGGUUUUUGUUUUGUUUUUUGGGGUGUUUUUAUUUUUUUUUUUCUUGCUGUGUGAAAGAAGAAACAGAAAGCACAACCCCUUCUCAAACUGGCUCACUCAAACACUUUGGGACAAACCCUGGACAGCAUGCUGGAGAGAGGCCUUAGUCUGGCCCCAGAGCUGAAAGCACCGGAGAAAAUCAAAUGCUUCCUCCUCAGCCUGAGCUGACCUUUUUGGCGUGCUCUGGCCCACAGCUCCUGCAGUACCCACACCGUCACCACUGCUCUCUUCCAAGAGAUACGUAUUCUUAGUUUCAUUAUUUUCUUUUGAUUGAAAUGACACUAUAUACAUUUUCAUUUGAGAGUUCCUCAAUUGUAUCUAGUUACAUAGCACAGUUUAGAAACUUGCCUGAGACUGACUUUAUCAGUAAUCUAACCGGCAAAGAUCAUAUCCAUGUGUAUGUGGUUAUACAUUUUUAUUUCAUUGGACUAACCCAGGACCAUUUCAGUGAUGCAAAUUGUUUGCCCUCUGGUUUAGCUGAAACAGUCCUGGACUUCUCAGAAACCUUGAUGAAGUCUCCCACAGUUGUAUAAAUUGGAUAAUUCAGGAAUUUUAAACUUUAAAUGAUCAUUUGGUUCUUUUUCUAUUUUAUUUUUGUUAAUGCAACAGGACUUAAACAAAUGAACUUUUAUCUUUGCUUUAAAGAUUAUUAAAAUUGUGUGUAUAUACUUAUGACUCUUGAGGACACAUGGCUUUCACUACACUACAGGAUAUGAUCUCCAUGUAGCACAUAUACAACUGCAGAUUGAUUUUCCUUGAGUGCUUUAUACUGUUGAUUACAUCUCCAUGUAGGGCUGAAAAGAAUGACCCAUGUUUAUCUCUAUAACUGUGUUGCUUUUGAUGUUGUGUUGCUGUGCACAGAAAUGUGUGCAGCAAGGUCCUGCAUAUGGCCCAGAUGAAAAGCACGGUAGCCUUGCGAGUUAAGUACUGCUUCAAUUCAUUGUUUACGCUGGAGUUUUUUC